UUCAGUAGCACACCUGUGAACAGACUUCAGCCGUCUCCAGUUUCAGAAGACAAAUGUCGCCGAUGAAGGAUUAAAUAAAACCUGUGAGGAUUAAAACAGUUUGGAUUUCUCUUAAGAAUAAACUGGAUCAGAACAUGCACAAUGAUGGAUGGGCCAGAGUCACACAGCUGUGAGUGUAAAGUGAGCAGCUGGUCAAAGGAGCGACCGGCAGUGCAACCCCUGGACAAUAGAAGUAAAAAUGUGGACAGGCCAGUUUCGCCCAGCUCUAAGUCUGAUAAGUCCCUGGAGGUACCGUUUCACUUUAAAGAGAUGAAUCUCCAGGAGAACAAAAGCACAAUAACAGACAGACCAGAGUCACCCAGCUGUGAGUCUGAAGUGAGUGGCUGGUCAGCGAAGCGACCGGUUGAAUUGAAAGGAAAGGAAUCCCUGAACCAUAAAAGUAAAAAUGUGGACAGGCCAGUUUCACCCAGCUGUAAGUCUGCAGUGAGCGACAAGUCGUUGGAUAUGCCGCUUCACUUUAAAGACAUGAACCUCCUUGAGAACAAAAGUCUGCUGUCUGGAUUUGCUUCAACUGCAGACAGCGGUAUAUCUAUGACGAUCUCUAACUGCUCACAUGAAGACCCUCAAGAACACAGGCUGAGCUCUCGCUACGCUGAGGCUGGAGAUGUGGCCUGUGAUCUGUGUAAAGGACCAAAACGAAAAGCUUUCAAGUCUUGUAUGACCUGCCUCGCCUCCUUCUGUGAGACACAUGUCAGAGAUCACUACACAGUAGAGGCACUGCAGAGACACCUACUGGUGGAGGUCACCAAAAACCUCAACGUACUUCAGGAGAACGCUCAGCUGAAGAAAACAAUCAAGGAGGCGCGUGAUGAGAACCAGACCCUGAAACGUCAGAUCUUGACCCUGAAGAAGGAGAAUGCAAUACUGAGGUUCCCUGAUUACAUCUGGAAAGAGAAGUUGCCUGUAGCAGCCGAUGUGGUUCUGGAUCCUGCGACAGCUCACCGCUCACUCAUUCUGUCUGAUGAUCGUAAACAAGUGCGACUGGGGGAAAAGAAAACCGUCGAUCACAGGGCGCAGAGAUUUGACAAGUAUGAGUGCGUCCUCGCCACUGAAGGCUUCAGCUCGGGAUGGCACUACUGGGAGGUGGAGGUCAACAAGGAGUUCACUAUUGGGGUCACCAGAGAGUCGGCUCAGAGGAAGGGAAAGUUCACCUUCUCACCCAGUGUGGGUUACUGGUGUCUCUAUCAUUACAGACAGUCCUUCACAGCUCUGGAGGAGCCCAGCAGGCCCCUGCCAAUCGACACUGUACCCCGGGUGAUGGGGGUCUGUAUCGAUAUGGGUGAGAAGUGGGUCACUUUUUACAACACUGAGACCAAAACUCACAUUUACACAUUUGAAAAUAUGGACUUCGCAGACGGAGAGAAGAUCUAUCCUGUAUUCAAUACCUUGGAGAAAUCAGCGGACCUGAAGAUUAGGGCUUUAAGAAGAGACCUGUAUAGCGUACAUGCUGUCUAAACAUGAUCAGGGUAAUCACUGAUCAGAUUGUAGACGGCUGCUUCCCAGUUCACUGCAACCCCCAAAUGUUCAUUUGGACACAGUACUUUAAGAUACUUUGAAUAAGAUUACUCUAAAAACUAUGUACAGUAAACAAGCACCAAGAGUCACAGAGACUCAACAGUUCGAGUUUUUAUGCUUGGUUGUGAUUGGUUGUAAAAGUAAAGAUAAGAUUUUGUGGAAUGGCAUGUAUUCAAACAUGGCUUAUUUAUCACUGUUAUUAUUAUUAAGUACCAUCAGACUUCUGGCGACCAAAUGGAUAGUGCUUUCCAGAAUGCCCUGCCUUCUGUUUGAGUCUUUAGGCUUCUUACUGAUUCAAAGGCAUCAAUGUUUUUCCAGUCUUGCCUUUUUAUUGUCCAGGCCAGUUCUGAUCCUUGAUUGUGGAGACACAUUAUUACAUCUGAGAAUCUUCUUAAGUUUCUUCUUGGAAGUCGCUUCUCAUUCUCCAGCUUCUUGUUUGAAUUUUCCCGUUCCACCUUAAAUUCUGACUGAGAUGCUGAAUGUAAAUGUGGAACCAUUUAAGGUCGAACAGGGAAAAUUCAAAAGAGAAGCGACUUCAUCUUCGCAACAGUUUAGUGCUUGACAGUCUCUCGUUGCAGAUUUAACGUUCCAGGAAACUGCGCUGCUUAUUAAUGCGAAUAACUUUGUUAUGUUGUUGUUAUGUGACCUACACGUUGUUAUGUGACCUACAGUCUGCACGCCAGUUCUCAGUCGUUGAGAAACAGGGCUUCCGCGCUAUACUGCACACGUCUCGAAGAUAUUCUACUGACACAGCGACUUUAUUGCAGAUGAGUGGCAGCAGCGUCUCAAACAAGAGCAGUGAAUGAGAGCCUUCUACAUCACUUCCAUUUGUUUUAUUAAUAAAAGAUAU